AUGUGCCGUGUCUCCAGGUCAGUCCCCCGGUGUGUCCCCGGGCCAGGCCUUCUCCUCUCCCCGUGGAAGGCUCCGUGUCUGUCGGCCGCGCUCCUGUGUCUGCUUUUCUGCGUCGUUAGUGCCCAGCGGAGCCCCUCUGCAGAUGACCUGCUGGUUAUCACCGCCGCCACAGAAGAAACGGAUGGAUUUAAACGCUUCAUGAAAACAGCUGCUCAGUUCAACUACAGUGUCAAGGUCCUAGGUCUGGGGGAGGCCUGGACUGGGGGAGACGUGGCGAAGACCGUGGGAGGAGGACAAAAGGUGAGGUGGCUGAAGAAAGAGCUGCUGCGGCACAAAGACCACGCCAACAAAGUCAUUCUCUUUGUUGACAGUUAUGACGUGCUCUUUGCCUCUGGUCCUCUGGAGCUGCUGCAGAAGUUCUCUCAGUUCAAACACAAGGUCGUCUUCUCGGCUGAAGGCUUCUGUUGGCCCGAUCAGAGACUGGCCUCCAAGUAUCCCCCAGUGCAUCAUGGGAAACGCUACCUGAACUCUGGAGGCUUCAUGGGUUUCGCUCCGGAACUUGCUGCACUCGUCCAACAGUGGAAAUACAAAGACAAUGAUGACGACCAGCUGUUUUACACACGGAUUUACCUGGACAAGAGUCAGAGGAGCACAUACAACAUGACUCUGGAUCAUUGCUCCAGAAUCUUCCAGAACCUGAACGGCGCUGUGGAUGAAGUAGUGUUAAAGUUUGAGAAAUCUAGAGUGCGUGUGCGAAACGUGGCCUACGACACUUUACCGGUGAUUAUCCACGGAAAUGGCCCGACCAAGUUGCAGCUGAAUUAUUUGGGGAAUUAUGUCCCUUUUGCCUGGACGUAUGAGGGCGGCUGUGGCGGCUGUGAUGACGACCUACUGGAGCUUGACCAGCUCAAGGACGAAGAGCUCCCCCUGGUGUACGUGGGUGUGUUCAUUGAGAAGGCCACGCCCUUUAUGGACGAGUUUUUAGAACGACUCGCGACAAUGAACUACCCCCUGAGCAGACUCCGCCUCUUCAUCCACAACAAUGUUGUCUUCCAUGAGAAACAUGUGGACCGUUUUUGGCAGAGACAUAAAGACGUUUUUCCAGAUGCAGUGAUUGUUGGACCAGAAGAAAACCUGCUGGAGGACCAGGCCCGGACUAUGGGAGUGGAGGCGUGUAAAAAGGACCCCUCCUGUGAUUAUUACUUCAGCAUUGACUCUGACGUUGCUUUGACCAACGAGGACACACUUCGACUUCUGAUCCAGGAGAACAGGGCGGUUGUGGCGCCGGUUCUGUCCAAACACGGGAAGCUGUGGAGUAACUUCUGGGGCGCUCUGAGUCCAGAAGGGUUCUAUUCCAGGUCUGAAGACUACAUCGAGAUUGUGCAGGCCAAGAGAGUCGGAGUCUGGAACGUGCCGUACCUCACGCAGGUGUAUCUGGUCCAGGCCUCAAUGCUAAGGUCCAAACUGAACCAGGUCCAACUGUUCACGGACCCAGACCUGGACUCUGACAUGGUCUUUUGCCGUAGCGUACGGGACCAGGGUGUCUUCAUGUACGUGUCAAACAGAGACGAAUUUGGACGUUUGGUUUCAGCCGCAAACUUCAACACGAGUCGACUGCAUCCGGACAUGUGGCAAAUCUUUGACAAUCCACUGGACUGGAGGGAGAAGUAUAUCCACCAGAACUACUCAAAGAUCUUUGAGGACGAAAAGAACUUUGUGGAACAGCCCUGUCCAGAUGUUUACUGGUUUCCCGCCUUCUCUGAGAAGAUGUGUGACGACCUGGUGGAGACCAUGGAGGACAACGGUCAGUGGUCGGGAGGGAAACACAAGGACGAGCGUCUGGCUGGAGGCUACGAGAACGUCCCCACAGUCGACAUCCACAUGACUCAGAUCGACUUCGAGAAAGAGUGGCUUAAGUUCCUCAAGGAGUUUAUUGUCCCAGUGACAGAGAAGAUGUACCCUGGAUACUACCCCAAGGCUCAGGCCGUGAUGAACUUUGUGGUCCGAUAUCGUCCUGAUGAGCAGCCGUCGCUCAGACCUCAUCACGACUCCAGCACUUUCACCAUCAACAUCGCUCUGAACAAGAAGAACGUGGACUAUCAGGGUGGCGGCUGCAGGUUCCUCCGUUACGACUGUAAUGUGGAGGCUCCUCGUAAAGGCUGGUCCUUCAUGCACCCGGGACGCCUGACCCACUACCACGAGGGGCUGCCGGUCACCCAGGGGACCCGCUACAUCAUGGUGUCCUUUGUGGACCCUUGA